CCUCCUAUGGCCGGGGUAUCAUGGGCGGUGCCGAUGCUGCUCCUGCUGGUGCUCUCCUGUCCGGGGGCGUCCCCGGGCCCCCUCCAGCACCUGUGCGGCUCCCACCUGGUGGACGCCCUCUACUUUGUGUGCGGGGAACGGGGCUUCUUCCACACCCCCACCCGGCUGCACAAGCGGGAUCUGAAGCAUCUGCUCGGGUUCCUGUCUGAAAGGGCCAGACAGGAGCAGCGGCCGUGGAGAGCGCCGUCUGGCCGCGACGAGCCCAAGGUGAAGCGAGGCAUCGUGGAGCAGUGCUGCCACAAGCCGUGCAGCAUUUACCACCUGGAGGGCUACUGCGACUGACGGACUCGCCGCUCCACAACCGACACCUCUCAUGGCCGGUAAAGAAAGAAACCGGGACCCCAAAGUCUAUUUCUGGCCCACAUACUUGCUGGCUAUGUCUUAUCAACUGAAGGAAAUAAAGCUUCAUGACCCAU